AUGCCAUCGCACUUGACCCGCGUCGUUUUCCGCAACAUCAUCGCCAACGAGCCGCUGCUAUACCGAGGAUGUCGCUACCGAGCCCUUCGACCCCGCGUAGUCACGCAGCACGGCGCCCGCUCGCUCCCACAAACCCAGCGGCGGACCUUCUUUGGAGAUCUGUUCAAACAGCGUCGAAAGCUCAAGCCUGCAGAGGCUCCGCCUGGACUGAGUAAAAUGGCCGAGGUGUCAUAUGCGCAGGCGAACUCCGUCAGGCCGCCGAAACCGAGCGAGGUCGCGGAUGCAAUCAAAGACUUCUUUGCGCAGAGAAAAGGCACCUUCGAGGACUGGCACGUAGCGAGCGCACAUCAAGCCUUUCAAUAUCUGCUGGGAAACCCAAGAGAAGACGGGCAGCCGUGGUUGAGUAGGCAGGAUCUUGAGAAUGUCAUGGAGAAACUGCUGGAUACUUCAAAGCGGCCCGAAGUUUUGGGCAAUGCGCACAUUAUGUUCGGCCGGCUUGUCGUCGAUCAAAUGGCCAAGUUGAUGGAGCAGCAGUCGGACAAAGGGGCGGAUGAGAAGAAGAAGAAAGUGGAACACAUGGGCAUCCCACUCGACAUGUACACCAAGUGGAAACAGAUCCAAGUGUUGUCUUUGUUCGGCGCGACUACCGAAGCGAGAGACAUGGCGGUGGAAGCGUUCAAAUACGACGCAACUGCAAGUUCUCGGAUACGUCAUACCAUACUGGCUGCCUGGCACACCAUACUUGGAGGAGUCACCCGCGAGGGCGAUUUGAACGAGGUAUCCAAGACUAUUGAUGCUUUCGAAGAAGCCUCGAUUCCCUUGACUAAACCCGCUCAAAACAAACUUGUAUCAUUCUACGCUGAGCGUAGAGACCUGGACAAGGCCAAAUACUGGUAUGCCCAGCCUGUUUACACCAAACUCAACCAGGAGCCUACGCAGCCAUUGGGCAGCACCAGCUCUGCACUGCUCAAGGCUUGUGCCGCAGAGGGCGAUUUGACCUUUGGUCAGCAGGUAAUCGCAACUAUGCUCAAAGAUGACAUGCCAUCCAAAGAUUCAUGGGACGCAAUCUUCCUCUGGUCCGUCGCGAUUGGCAAAGGCCCAGACGAAAUCGCUCGCAUGAUGGAUGUUCUAGUACGCCGGAAUGACGAAGCACGGCGCAAGGACCCGACUACCCCCGUGAUACGGCCAGACACUACAACUAUCAAUGCCUUGGUAGAGCAUUGCAUGUCGAAACAAGACCCGUACAUGGCCGAGCGCUACAUUGUCCUAGGAGAAAAGCGCGGGAUCCACCCCGACGAGACCACCUAUAUGAUGCAGAUGCAAUACCGCAUCUCCGUUGGAGACCUCGAUGGGGCUAGGGCUGCCUACUUCAACCUACAAGGCUUCUUUUCUGGCGACAAGCGCAGUGUUGCAGUCAUCAACGAACUGAUCCGCGUCCUCUGCGUAUCGAAACAACAUCACUUUGAUGAGCUCAUGGCCAUGGUCGACGACCUCCACGAGCGCAAAGCCAACUUUGACCCAGAGACUGUCGCAGCACUUACCCUCCUCCAUCUCCGAAGAGGGGAGAUCCAUGACGCCAUGGACCUCCUCCAAGUGCACGCACACCAGUACUCCCCCGAACAGCGGACUACCAUCCAGGACGCGCUUCGCGUCUUCAUCCACGACGGCGAAACCAGCACAGCAGAUGCCUGGGACGGAUACCAAAUCCUACGCAACGUCUUCCCCGAAACACCCCGAGAAGUCCGCAUUCCCAUCAUGAACGAGUUCUUCAGUCGGAACCGUUCCGACAUGGCAUGCCACGUCUUCUUCCACAUGCGCAACCACGUUUCCCCAACGCACACGGCAACCCGCGACGUCUACAUUGCAGCCUUCACCGGCUUCGCGCGCUGCCAGGACGCCGAGUCGCUCGAACUCGCGCACAACCAACUCAAACUCGACCUCAAUGUUGAAAUGGAUACCCAGCUGCGCAACGCCCUCAUGCUGGCAUAUGCGUCGACGGGCGAGAACCGGAAAGCACUCGGCUUUUGGCGCGAGAUUUGCGAAUCGAGAGAAGGGCCGAGUUAUAAUAGUCUGGCAAUUGCGUUUAGAGCGACCGAGGGGACGCACGCUGGAAGUGAGCAUGCGAGGGCGAUUUGGAAGAGGUUGAGGGAGCAGGAUGUUGAGAUUGAUAAGAGGAUCUGGACGGCGUAUUUGUGUGCUGUGGCGAGGAAUCAUAAUCAUGACGAGGCGUUGCAGUUGGUUGAGAGUGUGGAGGAGGAUUGGGGGUGGAGACCGGAUUUGGAUAUUCCACCGCUGUUUCGGUCGGUCCGGCGACUGAUUGAACAACUGGUCAUGCGAGUCCAUAAUCUCCUCGCUGGUUUGCUCGGCCUCGUCGGUCUUGCCAUCGCUGCGCCCACACCACAGUCCUCCGCCAUCCAGCUCGCCCCCGACGUCUCUCACCCCACAGUCGAAUCCGAGCUUGUGCCUGGUGCGCCCCCUCAAUGCAGUAUCUUGGACCCCGAAAAAUGGCUUCUUCAUGUCUGCGGCAGCCACACCACUGGCAUCACCAACCUUCUGGGUCUCAACUUACUGAACCAUUGCACGGCCCUUAGUCUCAAUGUUAAACAUGAAGUCACUACUACGUCUCAAUCAGACGGUAUCAUCUGCUAUUUCUACGAUGGCAGUAAUCACUGUAAUAGCGAGUAUAUGAUCGCGAUCGUUAACCGCCAUACCGACAUCCCUGCCCCGUUCGGUAAGCGGGCUGAGUUUGUAAUGUGCAGGAAAAAACAGAUGGGAGAUGCCGCUGAGAUCGAGGCCAGAGGUGAGGAUGAAUCCUCCCCUGACCUUGACUCUUUCGUUCAGCCCGACGAAAGCCGAGCACUCGUUUCUCCAGUCUCCAAUUGCAUCACCCCCGACUCCAGGAACCACUUUCUGAACAUCUGCACCGAGGAUUCCUACGGCAACGCUUUUCCAAACAGGUGGAUAGAUACGUGUGUGCAGCUUUCUCCAAAUGUUGCGCAUCAUGUCACCAUCAUCGUCCAGAAGGCGGGAUUGAUGUGCAAGUUCUACGACGACAGCAACGGGUGCAGCGGCAAUGUACGGUACAUCACCCGGACCAUUGAUAAGCCCCAUAGGUUUGAGCCACCCGCAGAGUUUGGGAAUAACCUCAAGUACGCAUUGUGUCGAAGGGGCGAGUGGAAGAGGGAUGCCGGUGAGCUUAAGCCUGAGACCCACGACGAAGAUGUGUCUCUCAAUACGACCAUCGAUCAGCCCACCGGGGCGGAUACCAAUGAAGUCACCACCUCGACCAAGACGAAGUAUCUCCUUGCGAGGAUCUCCAGCGACAUUACCAGUAUCGAGCUCAAGGAGAACUCCAUGUACGUCUGCACCAGGCUCAGCGAUCGCGUCGGCCGUCGUGUCACACACACGACCCAGCAUAACUUUGCUGCCUGUCAAUUCUUCGCAUCCAGCUGCGAUGGCGUUCCUGUCCUCACCCUCAAACCCAAUAUGUUCGGAUACCUCGAUCAGGCCAUCUCAUCGGACGUUGGCAGCCAGAUCACACACGUCAAGUGUGGAAUCUAUGGCUUCCCCAAAGUCAGUGUACGGGACGAGGAUACGUCCUCUAAGAUUCCCGUCCACACUGCCUCCAAGGCAGAUCUGCCACUCAUCGCGCAGAUCAUCAGUAGCACUACUAGCAUGGAUAUUGACGAGGGCCUUGCUAACCGUUGUAAAAAGCUCAACAACCACGUCGCUCGCGACGUAAAAUACACGUCUUUGCGAUACGACAUCAUCUGUGCCUUUUACGAGAACAACGGCUGCGGAGCUGGUCGCAAGCCUCUUGUCGUGAUCAGGCCCAAGGACGCGGCUUACUCGGACGAACCGAUGGCGUCGGACCUUGGCAAGAAGAUGACACACGUCAAGUGUGGUAUCUGGAACAUGCCUGAUGAGACGGAGAUGCCUCACGGCUCUAUUGACAUGUAUGCGCGCGAUGAAGAUGCAUUCGCCGCCGCCGCCGACAUUAUAUACGCCACAGACCCAGAUACUGCCGACGAUUCAGGUAUCACCGACGUCGUGUACGCCACGCACAUGUACGCAGACACUCGAGUCUCAUCUAUUGAGGAAAGCGCUCUAGGUCAAUGCUACCGGCUUCCCAACAAAACGAUCAAGCAAGUCACUUGGAUCGAGCAGCCGCAAGGCUACGUCUGCGACUACUACCAGCGCGACUGCCAGGAUGGCGAUGUUUUGCGCACCCUUGAUACUCGGAAAGCGAAGUGGUCGUACCCGACUGAGCUGGAGGUGGGCAUGCAGAUUGAAUACGCAAUGUGCAAGCACUCUUUUGAGAAGCGCGAUGUUUCUGUGAUCACCGAGGGCCCGGUUGUGAACUCGCCGUUGUCCGUCGUGGCUUCGUCGUUAGUCACUCUAGAUUCGCAAAUUCCUAAGCUUCCUGCUCUCGAACGGGGUCAGCUUCACAUUGGUGAAGAUAUUCAUAAUAAACAGAUCCGCGCGGUGGUCAACGCACUAAACGGUUGCGUCAAUUUCCCCACGCGCCAGUACCCCAAUUCAACUCGCACGCUCGACCAAUCUGGUCUCACGAUCUGCAAGUAUUACGCUGAGGCCGAGUGUGCUGAACCUCUUAUGCUCGAUGCUCUCAAUGACGAGGAGAAGGAUUGGAAGAUUCGCAGCGACUUUGCACAGAAGAUCAACUCGGCAAAGUGUACCAUCUUCGAAUCUGUCGCGCCUGCGAGUAUUCAGGCCCGCUUUCCUGAGCCUACUCUCGAAUGGGGUCAGCUUCGGGUUGGAGAGGGUCUAGGCAAUACACACAUUCGCAAGGUGGUCAGCGCAUUGAACGGCUGCGUCGACUUUCCUACACCCAUGUACCCCGAUUCGAUCCACUUCCUUGAGCAGUCCGGUCGCUCUGAAUGUUUAUUCUACAGCAAGUCCGCGUGUCCUGGUGCUCCCGUCUUCCAUACCAUGAAUCCAGAGGAGAAAGACUUGAAACAGCCUACCGAACUUGUACAGCAGAUCAGCUCAGCACAGUGUACCGUCUUGGAGUCAAUCGACAUCCCACCCGCGAGCAUUCAGACCCGCAGUGAACUUCUCCCCCAAGUCAAAGCAAGUGACAUCCAAGUGGCAGUCGGCCACUCAGUCUCAGCACUGAGCACCUCAUUCCUCAAAGUCGCCGACCUGUAUAUUUGUAACGGGACCAGUCUUGACCCAGCACACUGCACCGUUCUACACACUCUCAACCAAUGUGUAGCCUUCCCAGGACCUUUUGCCUACCAAGCCAAGGUCAUCACGCAAGCCAAGGGCUCACUCUGCAAAUACUACACCAAGCCUGGCUGCAUGGACGGCGACCUGUACUUUAGCUACAUGUCGAACCCAACCCAAGAUGCACGGCUUAGUGGAUGGGGUGUAGUGAAGCUAGCUGGAGUAUGGUGUGGCGGCACCGGUGCCACCUCGACAGCCGACGUCAGCGCAGUCAACACACACGCCUCCAUCGAUUCCUCCACCGUCGUUCCCUCCAACCUGGCGAAGCGCGGUAACCCCUUCUAUCACUGGUCCACCUCCCCUGGCUCCACAUCCAUCUGCCGCCAACGCAACUUCGCCUUCUGCACCAACAACGCCGUCAACGCUCUGCACCAAUGCGUCAGCUUUGCUCCUGCAGAUCAGGGCCCGGCGUCCAUGAUCCAGUAUGCUGGCGUGUAUUGUAAAUGUGAUAACGCUUCAGAGCCAUUGCAACCCCUACCAAUCACGCAUGUACCGCCGAUUCUGGUCCAACUUGCGCUGAACAUGGAGCCUGCCACUCAAACACCUGGGGACGUCAAAGUCGUCCCUACUACACCACAUGUCAAAGCGACUCAGACCAUCGAUGCAGGGCAUACGCCGCCGACGCCUUCCAAGCCAAAAACAAAGGAAAUCACACCCAUACUGAAUUACGAAACAACAGAUUUCACAGUCAUCUGCGAGGGCCAGCGAUUCGCAACGCACAAAGGCGUUCUCGAAGCCUCCUCACCAUACUUUGCGCGCAUGUUUCGUUUCCACGGCAGCGAGAGCAACGACAAGGAAGUAGAAAUCCCCGACGUCGACGCCAUCACCAUGAAGCAUGUCCUUGACUUUAUGUACACAUCAACCUACCAGUUUCUCGAAGGCACACCAAUACCAUCGACAGACUACUGCAACCACAGCACCUUCGCUCUCUUCCAUGGUCCUAAUAAAGGCCCGCAGAUCUUCAAGCGCAAAUGUCCUUGUGCUGGCAAGUCGUUGUCCGCUUCUCAUCUUCUCCUUCACGUGCAUGUCUACACCGUCGCCGACUACUUCGACAUGGACGAUCUGAAGGUCUAUGCACGACAGGGGGUGGUAGACAUUCUGCAUGUGUAUUGGCAGUACAAGGGCUUGGAUCUAGCUGAUGCGUUGGAAGAGGCUUUCACAUCUACGCCGGACGACGACACAGGAAUUAGAGAUGUGCUUGUAGAUGCGAUGAAGGAGCAUCCAGGACUGGUAGUUGAUGAGGGUGAUGUGGAGGAUUGGUUGGAGGAGCAUCCUGAGGUGCGUGAGAGGGUCAACUGGGAUGACUACAUGAAACCGCUUAAGCGGGGGGACAGAACGUAG